UCAGCCGCUGGCACUCUUUCUCGAAGACCGAAAAGACUUACCAGUCGUCCGGCUCAUCAUCAUCCUCCACAGCGGUGGCUACUUUUGAAUCACUCUCUGAUUUCGACAUUGGAAAUUGUUUGAUCUGAAGAAAGUCGCACGAUUCUCAGAUUUGGUAAGUCCGGCUCGGUUGAGCUAGGACGCCCGGAUCUGGCAAUAUGGCGAGUAGGAAGAUGAAUGUUUUGGUUUAUUCGGGAAAUGGAAGCACAGUAGAGUCUGUCCGUCAUUGUCUAUAUACACUCAGACGACUGCUCUCGCCAAACUACGCCGUCAUUCCCGUGACUGAUACGGUUAUUCUCAAAGAGCCAUGGACGGCUUCUUGUGCACUUCUUGUCUUCCCUGGGGGUGCUGACAUGGGAUAUUGUCGGUCACUGAAUGGCGAAGGAAAUAGAAGGAUACAGCAGUAUGUCCGCCGUGGUGGUGCUUACCUCGGUUUCUGUGCUGGAGGUUACUAUGGCAGUUCCAAAUGCGAGUUCGAGGUUGGAAACAGGGUUUUGGAGGUUAUUGGACCUCGAGAAUUGUCCUUCUAUCCUGGUACUUGUCGGGGUGGCGCUUUCAAAGGUUUCGUGUAUCAUAGCGAAGCAGGAGCGCGAGCUGUUGAGGUCAAGGUUGAGAAGGAGGCUUUUAAAACUGGAAUCGUGCCUCAAACUUUCCGUUCCUAUUACAAUGGCGGAGGAGUCUUCGUUGACGCUGCAAAGUAUAAGGACAAGUUGAUUGAGACACUGGCGACUUACGGGGAAGCAUUGGAUGUUGAAAGUGGAGACGGAGGAGCAGCAGUGGUCUACUGCAAAGUGGGGGAAGGAAGUGCUAUAUUGACUGGUCCUCACCCAGAAUUCGCUGCAGUAAAUCUGGACCCAAAUGCCGAUGGUCCCGAAUACCCGAACAGAGUAAAGGCUUUGGCAGAAGACGAUGAAUCAAGAGUCAAUUUCUUGAAGGCAUGUCUAGCCAAAUUAGGCUUGACACUAAGUCAAGAGGCAUCUUCGGUACCGUCCCUUUCUCGACUUCAUCUUUCAUCCGCGAGUCAUUUUCUGAUUCCAGAACUGUUGGCAUCAUGGGAAGACAUCAUCACGAUUGAAGACGGAGAAGAGUACAUCAAGGGAGAAAAUGAUACUUUUCAUCUUGAAAAGCAAGACUCGCGAUGGUCCCUCAACAACCUUGUCAAAGCACUUCCUUUACCUGGCGUACUUAAAGGCAGAGAUGAUGAGACGGCUGACCAAGUCGAUGCUGGUUCGGAGGAUAGAAUAGUCGACUAUAACGCCGUCACAAAGCGACUCAUACCCCACGAAACGGAGUGGCCUGGGGCGAAAGAGACACCGUGCUUUAACCAUCACGCUUUCUUUGCCAAUCUUCGAAGAUAUCAGGAGGAGAGUAGAGGCGAGGCGGAAGAGUAUGGCAAGCACCUUAUGUACGGUGAAGUUGUAACAAGCACCAACACGAUACUUGAGAAGAAUACUAAGCUUCUCUCGAAUGUUCCUGCAGGUUUUACUUUCACAGCAACUACACAAGUUGCCGGACGAGGCCGAGGGUCCAAUGUAUGGGUGUCCCCAGCUGGUUGUUUGAUCUUCUCGGUUUGUAUGAAGCACCCAAUGGAGCUCGGCAACACUGCUCCUGUAGUCUUUAUACAAUACCUCGCUGCUAUCGCUAUAGUAGAAGGCAUUCAGUCAUAUGAUCGAGGCUAUCAGAACACACCAGUAAAGCUCAAAUGGCCUAACGACAUCUAUGCCCUAGACCCUACCAAACCCAACAAGAAAGAAUAUGUCAAAAUCGGCGGCAUCCUCGUGAAUUCCUCUUACUCCCACGGCAACUACGAUCUCGUCGUCGGCAUCGGUCUAAACACCACCAAUGCCGCCCCAACAACCUCUCUCAACGCUCUGCUACCCUCUCACCUCCCCCCCUUCACACUCGAAAAACUCCUAGCACGAAUCUUGACCAAGUUCGAAAUCAUCUACAAAGCCUUCUGUAGAACAGGAUUCGACAAGAAACUAGAAGAAACGUAUUACAAGCAUUGGUUGCAUACGGAUCAGAUUGUGACGUUGGAGGCAGAGGGAGGUGCAAGAGCGAGGAUCAAGGGAAUUACCCGGAAUUGGGGAUUAUUGAGAGCGGAGGAGCUGGGGUGGGAGGAUAGAGAAACAGGGAAAGUCUGGGAGCUGCAGAGUGAUAGUAAUAGUUUCGAUUUCUUCAAAGGGUUGUUGAAGAGAAAGACCUAAGAGUCUAGCGAAGGAGGGCUGAAGAUGUGUGGAAUUGGUAUAUAUCGUGUAUGUGGCUGUACUACAAGCGAUUGGAGUCGCUCAUAUACUCAUAGGUGUACUUAGUCCCUGUUUUCUUUUGCUUGUCCUUCACAUGUGUGUCGGUGCUUUGAAGUGGUCAAGUUUUCU